GGACAAGUGGGCUUUCGACGCAAGUUUUGCGCGCUUCUGUGGUGUUUAUGCCGGUCUCGAAAAGAAAUAGUUGGGAGGCAAAGUUGAAGCAGUUUUCUAUUGCAAGCUAUACAAAGCUAGCUUGUAUUGGCUUUGGCAAUAAUGGAACUAUCAGUAGAAACAAAGGACCUUGCAUUCCGAAGGGUUUGCACCGACCGGUUUAUGUCGGCUAUAGUGUACAGUGUGGGCCUGCAGUAUUUUUUCAUGACAAUUUUCUUACUCUUCGUCAACUUUAACAUCCUGCACCCGAUUAGUUGGAUCGCCGGCUCAAUUCGCCUCAUGCUGUCUUUCUACACCUGGUUCAUAGCGAUAUGUUUAGCUGCUGCCGUUGUCGUUCAUGGAGUAGUGCUUACUAAACCGUGCCUCCGGGAAGAACGAUAUCAUCCCAAACAAAUCGGCAGGUUGUACAGCAAUAUCCUACAACGCUCAAUGUCUUUGGCCUCGAGUGGAGCAAUCGGCUGCCUGACGGCUUGGCUGUACACACGUUUCUUACGGGACGACUACCGACAACUCUUCCUAACAGCUGAAGAUCAACCACCGGUUCUGAACGAAAGAUUCCUUUACCUCGUUGUAUGCGGUCUAUUUUCCGGAUGUUACUGUUUUUUUAAAGCGCAUGCGAAUCCAAUUGCAAUCGAGUUUCGCAUUGUUCUACUGCGCAAGGUGGUCCAAUUCAGGAACAGCUUCAGGAGGAUUUUUCCAGAAUCUUUGAAAAGAUCCAUUGCAAUCUCAUUAAUGUUCAUCAGUUUCUACUUUAUUUUUUCAUUACUUUGCCGGCACAAAGUUGCUGCAUUACUUGGAAACGUUCGCCUUCAAGAAGAAUCUUUCAUAUACAAUUUCUACAAUAUUGCAACCGACGGCCGACUGCUACUAUACAGCUGGCUGCUAAUUUCGAUGAUUCUAAGCAACAUGAAUUUGAUGCAUGUACUAUUCCGUAUUUUUCUAACCGAGCCCUGUGAAUUUGGUAUAGCUGAACAAGUGGCCAAAGAACCGCUGUUGGCCGAUGCAUUGGCGUACAAAAAAAUUCCCCUGGUGGAGAAACUAGCCGUGGAGGACCUAUUUUCCAUCGCGGAUAGUGAAAACAUACCUGGCAAUCGGCGGCAGCACUUGUAUCAAUUAACGAAUCCUGGAGGACACCCAAAAAACUGGCGAAAGCUGUGCGAUGUGUGUGUUCAACUCAUUCGCACGUUUACACACGAUCUGGAUCUUUCAAUCGAUGGUUUGGAGCACAAGCAACCACCACCGAUUGAAAUCAUUGGUGGAACUCUCCGUUCAACGUCUUCGAUGGACAAGGAACGUUUUCUUCGGAGACAGUACAACCAAACGUUCGGAGUUCGCAGUUUGUCUACGCCAUCAUUUACGAAGUCGUCGGAUAACCUGAGCCUGUCGGGAGCAUCAUCGGAAAAAAAAUUGACGUUUGCAAUUUCGCCGCUCGACCUACACAGAAUACCGGGUUACGCUUACCUUUUUGAAGAGAAUAAUACCGCCAAAAGCUACUAUUUGCUCGCAGUGCAGUCCCCGUCCAUCACCAAGCUAAUCUACAGCUUAGCUGCCAUAGCCUGUCGCUCGUUGCACGAGGAUAUGUACGGGGUAGUGCAGAAUGAUUUACCGGGCAUCAUCCAAUCGUUUCUUGAGUUAAAGAAGGUAGUAGAUAAGUUCGGUUCGAAAAACAUAGACGUGAGGAAAAUUGAUCGGAACUACUUUGCCUUGAAGGCAGCUGUUAAAAAAGGUCUCUACAGGCUCUGCGCUGCAUUCGAGCCAUACAUCAAUGAUCUUUUACUAGAUCCGAAAGAUUUAGAUGCUCUACAACCUUUUCUAUCGCUGCACGAAAUUUAAUGAGGAAGUAAGAUCAUUAACCAUCGCACUAUUAACACUUAAUCAUUUUGUGAAGUUUUGUUAAAGUGAAUAAAUUUAAUGAAUUAUCACCCAAA